AUGACGUUUCCCGUGCUCCCCUUAGCAGCCACGGCCGACGACGCUGCUGCGUUUGCAGUCACUGGAAAAACGCUCGUGCCGUUUUCCUCCGUGAAACCUGAAAAAUACCUUCUUGCCCGUUUUCCUUCCUCGGUUACAGUGUCGGUGGAUGCCUCCAAUGAAGCUGUUUCUGCCGACGAGGCGAUUGCCCUGUUGAACGUGGGCAUUUCCCAGAUUUUCGUUGAUUUCGACCACUUUGCCGCCUUGGUCGCCGCCGGCGUGCCGCCAGCCCGUCUUGCUGUGGAAUCGUCUGCUCCAGAGGUGCUCGAGCUGAAAGCUGCUCUCGUUGUCAAGGAGCCUUUGGACAAAGAUACGCUCAAAAGUUUCAGCAACAGCGGCAACAGAGAGGUCUUCUACAGAGGCGCCGUCGACCAGAACAGCGCCCAGACCUUGGCCGCCCAGGGCUACACUUUGGUGCUUCCUACUUCUCAGUUGACUAUGGCCCAGGAAGACCCAGCCAAAAUCGCCAUUUCGUCCGUUUUUGUCGCCACCUUGACCACAGACAGACCCGACGGGCUCUACACGACGCUUGUCACGACCCCUGCGCCGCUGUACACGGCUUUGGGUGUGGUUUACUCGUCUCAGGCUUCCAUCAAGGCUGCUAUAGCCGAGGGCCAGGGCGUAUACCAGUCCAGAAAAAGACCAGAGGAGUUGUGGUACAAGGGAAAGACGUCUGGCGCCACGCAGAAGCUCGUCAAGUUGGAGAAAGACUGCGACAACGACGUGGUGAAGUUUGUGGUGGAGCCUAGAACCGGCUACGGCUUCUGCCACUUGGAAACCAACUACACAUGUUUCCAGGACGGCGAGCUCCGGGAGCUGGCAGACUCCAGUGGUGUUGGUUUGGCCAAAUUGGACGCUACUUUGGCUCAAAGAAAGGCCAAUGCUCCGGAAGGCUCCUACACCAAGAGGCUCUUUGACGACGAUAAGUUGUUGGUUGCCAAGAUGAAGGAGGAGUUGGACGAGCUCAUUGAGGCGGGCGAGAAGAAGGACAAGAACGAGGUGGCCUGGGAGGCUGCGGAUUUGUUCUAUUUCGCCAUGACCUGGGCGGUCAAGCACGGCGUCUCUUUGGCUGAGAUCGAGAGAAACUUGGACAUCAAGCUGAUGAAGGUGACGAGAAGAAAGGGCGACGCCAAGCCCCAGUACGUGGAGGAGCCUGCGGCGAAGAAGAGAAAGACGGAGACGGAGCCAACUUACAAAAUGAACAUCAUCAAGGCCUCUGAGGCCUCUUCCGAGGAAAUCACCCAGGCCUUGACCAGACCCAACCAAAAGACGUCCGAUAUCAUGAAGUUGGUGCUUCCGAUCGUGGAAAACGUGCAGAAGAACGGCGACAAGGCCUUGGUGGAGCUCACGGCCAAAUUCGACGGUGUGGAGUUGAAGGAGCCUGUUCUCAAGGCACCUUUCCCAGCAGAGCUCAUGGACAUUUCUGCCGACAUGAAGGAGGCCAUCGACUUGUCGAUGCUGAACAUUGAAAAAUUCCACAGGGCCCAGCUCCCCAAGGAGGAGGUGAUGACCGUGGAAACCGCUCCUGGUGUGUACUGCUCUCGUUUUGCCAAACCCAUUGAAAACGUCGGUUUGUACGUUCCCGGUGGUACUGCCGUGUUGCCCUCUACGGCCAUGAUGUUGGGAACCCCUGCCAAGGUCGCUGGUUGCAAAAACAUCAUCCUUGCUUCUCCUCCACUGCGUGCUACUGGAAAAUUGACCCCAGAGGUCGUUUACGUUGCCCACAAGCUCGGUGCUUCUGCUAUUGUCAUGGCUGGAGGCGCCCAGGCCGUCACUGCAUUGGCCUACGGUACGGAAUCCGUGGUCAAGUGUGACAAGAUUUUGGGUCCAGGCAACCAGUUUGUCACUGCUGCCAAGAUGCAUGUUCAAAACGACACCCAGGCUCUCUGUUCGAUCGACAUGCCCGCUGGUCCAUCGGAGGUGCUAGUUAUUGCUGACAAGGACGCCGAUGCCGACUUUGUCGCUUCUGAUUUGUUGUCUCAGGCCGAGCACGGUGUGGACUCUCAGGUGAUUCUUCUUGGUGUUGGUUUGAGCGACGCUAAGCUUGCUUCUUUUGAAGAGGCUGUUGCCAGACAGGCGGAGGUGCUCCCCAGAAAGGAAAUUGUGGCCAAGUGCUUGGCCCACUCCACCACUUUGCUCGUUGACACUUAUGAGGAGGCCUUCAGAUUGAGCAACCAGUACGCACCAGAGCACUUGAUUUUGCAAAUCGAGAACCCAGAAUCUUUUGUUCCUGGUCAGAUCGAAAACGCCGGUUCCGUGUUUGUCGGUGGUUUGUCGCCUGAAUCCUGUGGUGACUACUCCAGUGGAACCAACCACACAUUGCCCACAUACGGUUACGCCAGACAGUACUCUGGCGUGAACACGGCGACGUUCCAAAAAUUCAUCACGUCACAGAACGUCACCGAGGAGGGUUUGAAGAGCAUAGGCAAGGCUGUCAUGACGCUAGCUGCCGUGGAGGGCUUGGAGGCCCACAGAAACGCUGUUCAGGUGAGAAUGGACAAGCUUGGCUUGCACUAG